AUGUCUAAUGGACACAAGCUGUCAGGGUCUGGCAGUAACCGGUCCCAACCAAAAAUAUUUCCCCCUGGGACUUGUUCAUCAGAUUCCAGCUCUGCUCUCACAGUGGAAAAUGUGAAAAGGCUGGAAAAAGUGUACAUGUCUUCUAAAGAAACCUUCAAUAAGCAGAGAAUACGAGAUUACCUGAAGCAGACGAAUCUUGCUUACUUCAACACAGAGAUGACUAGGAAAACCAGCACAGAGCUUGUCUGGGAUGCAGAGCCUGAAGGAGCCUCCUCAUCCUCUCCUGCAAAGCAGAGUGAAAAUAGCAAAGUUUGCUGGAAGAUCUCUGAAGAAAUUUCAAGGAAAGAUAAGCUAUUAACAGCACCACUGACAGAUUCCCCAUCAGCUCAGCCCACUGGCUCUAAGCCGAAGCAAUCCAAACAGCAUGUAGAUGGCUAUCCUGCCUCCUGCUGCUCCAGAAGGCACGACCUAGAGGAUGAGAUGACCCAGACGAAGUGGAGCUAUUCAGACAAGUCCCUUACUGCCAGGAAGGAGGAUGCUGUUUCAGUAAUAGGGAGAGUGGAAGAAGAGCCAGAGGCUGUGGGUGGCAGGAGCAGCCUUAAGCCCACAGUAGACCAAGCCAUGGAGGUGCUCUCCAGGGACACCGAGGUGUACCCCAAGGCCGGAGAGAACAAGGGGCCAGCUGAAACCAAGGAAGAGGCAGUGGCCAAGGAUGGAGAGGAGAGUCACCAAGCAGGGCCUUGUGAGCAAGCCGUGUGUGAGCCUGUUGAGAGUGCCCAAGGGAGUCCAAGGCUGGAAUCAGAUGAGGAGCCGUUGCCUGUGAGAGGAGACUAUGAGGAUGACGGGACUGCAACUGACGUCUACCCAGGCAAGGAGACCACCUGGACCGAAGAAUCUUCAAAGUGCACCUUUUGCAGCGCUCCUGAAAAGCCAGUCCCAACAGUGGUGGAUCUGAAGGAACAACCCCAGGAAAAUCUCUUUUGCUGCAGGAGAUAUAAGGAAGCGUUUGAUGCUGUCGUCCAAGAGCAGAUGAGUGAAGAUGAAGCGGAGAUGAAGCUGGACAUCACUCCCCAUGCCGACCCUUCCCAAGCUGAGCUGAGGAGCAGAAUCAAGGAUAAACUGCUGCAGCAGUUGGAUGAAGGAGGCUUUGAGAGCUACAGGGAAAUAUUUCGGCAGUAUCUGAGAUUUGUUCCUGGGACUAGAAUCGCAUUCAGCCUCUCAAAACAAAACAAAUACACUGUCAGACCAAAGACUACCCCUUUCAAAAAGCAACAACUGACGUCAGCACCUCCAGAAGACCUGCUGGAGCUGGACAGGAAUUUUGUUGCGGCGCACUUAAAGCACUGCUGUUCUCCUGAGCCUGUAAGACGGUGUUAUCCUGACGGACAGACAUUUUAUCUGCUGUUCCCAGAUGGAAGUGGUCAGGUUUACUACCCAUCGGGCAGCAUGGCCAUUCUCAUCAUGUUCACCGAGGAAGCCCUGUUCACCUAUUGCAUCCUGGAGGACAGCAAGUACCCAGGGAUCAGGGCUAUCUUUGGGAGCUACGGCCGUGGGGUCUGCUUCCACCCUGACGGCCACAUCUGGGCUGCCCUGGACCCCUACACCGGGAUCUGCUUGGACCAGGCAGGGGCCAGCCAGAAGCGCUGGAAGUGGCAUGACUUCAGCCACCACACUCACACCCCUCCCUUCCAGUCCAUCACCAUGAAACUGAACAGCCACAUCACUAUUAAAAUCCUGGCUCAGGAUCAAAUCGAUUUAUCCUUCACCAGCCGCAGCGGUCACAUCCGCUUCAACGUGGGGUCCCCGCUCAAGCUGAAAGGCCCAGACAAAAGUCACCUACUUAAAUGGCCAGAAAGCAAAGAGGAGCUCUUCCUUCAGUCUAAAAAGAUUCAGCUCAGGAGCCUGCUGUCCAAAAUACUGUUGCAAGACUUUUGGCAACCCCUCUCCCAGUGA